AUGCUGUUCAAGAAAGUAAUCACGGAUGAGUUCUAUGAACUCCUCUUCAAGACUGCCUCUCCUGACCUGAUUCGGCCAAUCAACGUGCAUGUUCGAGUUCCCCAUGACAACUGCCGUUCCAUUCUGAAGCUGAUUCACCAUCGAAAGGAAACAGUUGCUCGCAAAGGCCAGAAUCCAAGCCAACAGAAAGGAGGCCACUCGUCUGGCUCCAUUGAGAAUCCAUCUGAUGCUCCAGAGCAAAUGAGCAAGAUCACACCUGAUCCAAUACCAAUGCUGUCAGACACAGCCUCUCCAGACAGCGACGUUUACCAGGUUCUCACUCAGCAUCGCCGUGCUACACCACCAGCGCCUGAGAAACUUCGGGACUUGCACUCCACUUCCUCACUCCUACAAGAGAUACCAGACAUCACUCCUCGGACCAUUUCGAUUGUUUCCUCUACGAGUACUGCUUCUCUUGACACCCUGUACACUGGGUCGUCCAAUUCGCUCGAGCCUCAGCAGUCCACAGCCACCUCCAGUCCUUCUGAAACUCCACCACCCCUCCCAGCCCGCAACACCUUUGCUGCUCCCAAAUAUCCGACCAGCCUCCCUCUCCAGGCUGACAUGAGCCCAACACUGUCAGCUCACACCCUCAGCUCCAGAAGCCAGCUGCAAGAAACCACUGAUAUUGACCUGGACGGUGGAAGUGCACUCCCUCAAACCCCAAAGAAAGAGACUGCCUCAUCAGUAUCGCCUUCAGGAUCCGAAGCACAGCAGGGCAAGGUCACGGCCGCAGUGCCCAAAACGAUCGGAGCUGAGUUAAUCGAAUUGGUUCGCAAGAAUACAAAUCUGAGCUACGAACUGUCGAGGGUGGCGAUUGGUGUGAUGGUUGGACACAUUCAGAGCUCAGUCCCAGCUGUGGUGGAUGUCAUGGAACAGAUCCUACUCUCCCUGGUGGAGAGCAAGGAUCUCAGUGCAGCUUUACCCAGGGGGCAGGUAUGUCAGGAUGAACAGAGACUUGAGGUGAUCUUCACUGACCUGGCACGACAUAAAAAUGACUCUCAGCAGCGGAGCUGGGCUCUACAUGAAGACGAGAGUAUUAUUUCCUGUUAUUUGGAGGAGCUGCUGGGUAUCCUGACUGAUGCCGAUCCAGAAGUCUGUAAGAGGAUGACGAAGAGGAACAAUUUUGAACCAAUUCUUUCACUAAUUGCAUACUAUCAGAUGGAACAUCGUGUCACAUUGCGCCUGUUCUUACUGAAAUGUUUUGGAGCCAUGUGUAACCUGGACGCAUCAAUCAUCUCCACCCUGGCAAACUCUGUGCUGCCAAUGGAACUGGCACGGGACAUGCAAGCUGACACCAAAGAGCACCAAAAGUUGUGUUACUCUGCACUGCUGCUCACCAUGAUCUUUUCGAUGGGUGAACCACUGCCCUAUCAUCACUAUGAGCACCUGAAUUCAGCUUUCAUCCAGUUUCUCCUAGAUGUGAUUGAGGAGGGCUUGUCAUCUGAUUCCACGGAGCAGCUUCCAGAUUUGUUUACAAAUGUUCUGCUCUCUUUCAAUCUUCACAUUCUUGUGCCAACCAGCAACAUCAUCAUGAAGACAUUGGCCAAACGGGAGAACGUGAAGGUGUUCACAGAGAAGUUACUGCUGCUGCUAAACCGGUCAGAUGACCCGGUGAAUAUUUUCAAGCACCAACCCCAGCCACCACACUCUGUGCUGAAGUUCCUGCAGGAUGUCUUUGCAGACAAAGACACGGCGAGAAUCUUCUACCGUACGGACCUGAUGGUGAUGAUCGAUAUCAUUGUGCGUCAGAUCUCUGACCUCUCGCCAGGGGAAAAGAUUCGCAUGGAAUACCUCUCACUGAUGCACGCCAUCGUGCGCUCCACCGAUUACAUGCGUCACCAGCACCGUCUCCCAGAUCUCCAGGCCACGUUCCAGCGAAUCCUCGCAGAGGAGGAGAAUGACCAGAGCUGCCAGAUGGACAAGCUGAUCAUCCAGGAAAUCUACAAAGAAUUCCCAGACAUCGCUUUGGAAAACGAACUCUGAAGGCAAAAGUGUGCGGAGUACUUGAAAAAUUAGCCAAUGUGGUUCUUCUCCUGAAAUCACUCAUCCCUGUUCAACGCAGCGCUUUUACCUGUGACGGAACCCAAAGCCUUUUUGCAGCCUUACAAACAUGUUUUCUUUUCCUGCCUUUUUGUACCGUUCUGUAGCCACUAUGUGCUGCAGGAAGCUGAAGUGUUGAGAGUAACGCUGCACUGGUGUCUUCAGUAACUGUAUGGUUUAAACAUGCAAAGCAUUGAUAAAUCUGAAGUAGGAAAAUAGGUUUACACUAACAUAAAUCCUUCACCGACACAGCAGAAUGUUUGAGAGGGGACUUAGUGAGGUCCAGAAUUCAGCUUUUCUUCAGGGUGUUCUCGGUCGAAAGCCUAGCUAACAAUCCAGCAGAGCUAACCACUUGACAACUGACCCAAUCUAUCAUGCGGCAGCCAGAUUCUAUUCUCAAGAAAGGAUAUUUAAUGCAAUCUCUCAUAUCGAGACUAACAAACUGGAUGACGAUGAGGUGAAAUGUUACAAGGGGUUUGUGUCAUGCCAAAACAUGGAAACAUUUCAGUAGUUUCAGGAUGUCAGCUUGAAAUUGGUCACUACUUUCUACCUUCCACAAGCUGCCCCUUGUGGUUCAUUAACAGGAGUUGGCAGAUUGACUGUCUAUCAACUUACUCUCGCUACAAUAGUGUUAAAGACUCAAUACAGAAGAGUGUCAGUCUACCCGGGGAGACUGGGCCCUGUCACACAGUCCCCAGGGGCAUGGACUGUGUAGCAGAGCUCAGUCUUCCCCCAGUGAGGCUGUGUGUAGAGAGUCAUCAGGAAGACUAUGUUGUGCAGCGUGUUGAUAGAUUGUUGCCAAGAUAUUGAGAAGCUGCAGAGUGGUGCUUGUGCAGUAAUCCACGUGUGGAGUCAAGGAAGCCAAUGGUUUGAAACCGAUAGCUGCCCUGCCAAUAUCCUGAGACAGUGAAGUGGUUCUCCUCCUGCUUCAGGCUUGAAACUGCAAAACAGGCAAAACCAUGUGACUGUGACUGGUGUCUUGCACUAAAUGUUCCAGGUAAUAGAUCGCAUCAUCUCAUCUUCGAAUACAGACCAAUUUGCUCUCCAAUCAGCAGUGUAAUAUAGAGCUCAGUUAUACCUGUGUGUGAUGGUUAGUUUUCAGCCAUUGUUGAUCUCUCUCUGUCUCUUACAUGUUCUCUCAUGCUCUCUCCCACACUCCUGUUUGCACUCACAUACUCUCUCCUGUUCUCUUUCUCACUUAUGAUCUCUCUCACUCUCGUGCACACUGUCACUCUCGCACUCCCUCUCACUCUUCCCCCUCCCUCACUCGUGCGCACUCUCACGCUCUUGCACCUUCCACGCUCACUCUCGCAGUAGUGCUCACUGUCCCACUCGCUCUCGCGCAGGUCAGUAUUCUCUGCCAGCUCGAUUGUGUGCUUCAGAAAGCUUGUUGCCAGUACCUUUCGAGUAGAGUUGAGCCAGUUUUUGUCUGUGAUGUUAGUUUGGGAUGAGUGUGAGCUGCUAAUGUUCUCAGGGAGCAGGAUCUUCAGUUGUGGUCUGACAGGGCAGCCAGGAACUCAAGCCGUUGUUUGCUCUCUGAGCAACUUGUAAUCUGUGGGAGUGUGCAGCUCUCACUGCUGCAGGCUGUCAUUUUCAGCUCCAAGUCUGCCUUGCUAUUGGUACUUUAUUGCUAAUAUUUGUACACAGAUAAUUAAAGCAGCUACAGCAUUUA